AUGCCCAGCAGAACAGCCCGCUAUGCCCGUUACAGCCCGAGGCAGCGGCGCCGGAGGCUACUGGCUGAUCGCAGUGUGCGCUUUCCUAAUGAUGUCCUGUUCUUGGACCACAUCCGCCAGGGUGACCUGGAGCAGGUAGGGCGCUUCAUCCGGACUCGGAAAGUCUCCCUGGAUACCAUCCACCCCUCAGGCCUGGCUGCCCUUCAUGAAGCGGUGCUUUCUGGAAACCUGGAGUGCGUGAAGCUGCUAGUCAAAUACGGGGCAGACAUUCAUCAGCGAGACGAGACGGGCUGGACACCCCUGCACAUUGCCUGCAGCGAUGGGUACCCUGACAUAGCCAGGUACCUCAUUUCCCUGGGGGCAGACAGAGAAGCGGCCAACGACGAUGGUGAUCUGCCCUCGGACCUCAUUGACCCUGACUUCAAGGACUUGGUGGAGCUAUUCAAAGGGACUAAGAUGGACUGAGUCCAGCCCUGCCCUCUAAGGGCUCUAGCCCUCCCUGGAGAAGUCAGGUGCCCACCUCCCCCAGCUGCCAGGAGUGCCCCACCAGCCGGGCUGGGGGCUGGCCAGGACCCCAUACCUGGGCACAACCCUCGCCCCCGAUUCUGGCCUGGCUUUUUCUCCAGGUGAAUUUUUUAUUGCGACACUUUUUACUUUUUCAAUAAACGUGAUUCCCAA